AUGGGUAGCGGAGAAAAGGGUCUUCUGAACUUCCAUCUGCAUCUCCCUCACCUUCAUGGGAAAAAGCAGUACAGGGAUGUUCCAAAGGGGUGUUUGGCUAUCAAGGUAGGGCAAGGAGAAGAGCAACAGAGAUUCAUAGUCCCAGUAAUAUACUUCAAUCACCCUCUCUUCAUGCAGUUGCUUAAGGAAGCCGAAGAGGAAUAUGGGUUUGAGCAGCAAGGGGCAAUCACCAUUCCCUGUCAUGUCGAGGAGUUCCGAUACGUUCAAGGCAUGAUCGACAGAGAACACUCUCUUCACCCUCAGAACCAUAACCACCACCACCACCAUGGUGGCUGUUUUAGAGUUUGA